UGCGGAGCGGGCCGGGCCGGGCCAUGGCGCUGCUGCUGGAGCACGAGUUCAAGCCGCUGCCCGCGGACAAGCAGAUCGAGACGCUGCCCUUCCUGGAGGCCGUGGCGCACCUUCCGCCCUUCUUCGAUUGCCUGGGCACUCCCAUCGUGUACUCGCCCGUCAAAGCUGACCUGGCUGGAAAUAUCAAGAAAAUCCGUGCAGUUUAUGACUCCAACCCCGCCAAGUUCAAAACGCUGCAGAACAUCCUGGAGGUGGAGAAGGAGAUGCACGGCGCAGCCUGGCCCAAGACGGGCGCGACGCUGGCGCUGAUGUGGUUGAAAAGGGGCCUGAAGUUCAUGCUGGUGCUGCUGCAGAGCAUCUCUGAUGGUGAGCGGGAUGAGGAGCAUCCGAACCUCAUCCGAGUGAAUGCUUUGAAGGCUUAUGAGAUCGCACUGAAGAAAUACCAUGGCUGGAUGCUGCAGAAGCUCUUCACGGGCUCAGUCUAUGCUCUCCCAUACAAAUCAGAUCUACUGAAGGCACUGGAGAAGGGUAAAGAAGUGAAAGAGGAGGAAAGCAUCGAGAAGAUCCAUCAGUUCCUCUCGAGGGUCACCCCCAUCCUGGAUGCAAUCUAUGAGAUGUACACAAAGAUGAACGCGGAGCUGAGCUACAAAGCCUGAGGCUCGCAGGGGCCUGGCAGGGCUGUAGUCAGGUGUGACGGGUGCUACUUGCGGUUUACUCACUGGGGUGGCUUCUGGCUGGCAGGCGACUUUGAUUCAUGUCUGGAUCUGCAGUGGAUAACCUGUUUUCUAAACAGAAUAAUGAGUUUUCUAGUCAGGAUAUGGCAAUAAACCAGUUGUCAUCACAGGAUUCCCCAAGUUUUUGUACUAAAGAGGGAAGACCAAGUGUUUCUAAUCCCAUCCUCUGGGUUCACACCUAUUAUGGUGUAGGGAAUGAAGCGUGGCUGGUGGCUGCAUCCCAAUGGAGCUGCCUUGGCUCUGCCCUGAUCCUCUUGGACUGCUACCAAUACCAUUGGACUACAACAACUGCUCCGGCACCCAUGUGAGAAGCUUCCCGAAUGAUGCCUAUGGAGCAGGAGCCGAUGACUUUCCCAGGGAAUCCCAACUCCUCCAGUGCCUGCACAGAGUGAGGCCCCUCUGCCGGUGGCUGAAGCCAGGAUUCCAGCCCCACACAGUGUCUGUGGGAGCACACGUUGCCUUAUCCACUGACGGCCUCACGGUGCUGCCGACGGGAUGUGAUUGUUAAUAAAAACUGACGGUAACCUCA